AUGGAUAGACCUCUUGAUGCCAAUUGGACUAACGAAGACUACGAAAUAAAAGAACAGGACCGUUUCUUACCUAUAGCUAAUGGGAGAGUAAUGAAACUGGCAUUACCACCUCAUGGAAAACUUUCUAAAGAAUCCAAGGUGUGUAUCCAAGAAUGUGUCAGUGAGUUUAUAUCAUUUGUUACUAGUCAAGCUGUUGAUAAAUGUAAGAUAGAGAAACGUAAGACUUUGAAUGGGGAAGAUAUUUUAUGGGCAAUGUAUACAUUAGGGUUUGAAAACUACUCAGAGACUUUAAAAAUAUAUUUGGCUAAAUAUAGAGAGUUUGAACAACAAGAGGCAGAAAAGAAACCCCAAAGAAGGAGAAGAAAAAGACCUGAUGAAGAAAAAUUCGAUUAUGAAUCUGACUUCUUGUCAGAAGAUAUAAGUCCAACUAAUUCAGACGGUAAUCCAGACUAUUUGAAAAUCAAUGAAUUAACCAAUGGGUUGAAUCCCAAUUUCACUUUCAACGAUAAUAAUUUGACAGAGUUCAAUAUGAGUCAAAGACCAUCCGUCAACAAUUAUUUACUUCUCCCAUCGAGUAAUGCCAACUCUAGGCGGCAAUCCAGAAAUAAUGAUAUCAAUAACUUCGAGGAAUUCGUCGAACGAAUGGAUUAG